ACAACUGAGCAGCAGUUCAUUUACAGACUCCCAGCAAUUCUACAGGCUGAAGUGACGCUUUCAAUGAGCAAAGAUGUCCUACUCAUGAAAGUCUGCCAUGGCACAGCCGCAAAAGCCUUUGGCCGCUCUGUCAUAAAUAAAAAUCACCGCAGUCAAGUCGGGCAGCACCACGUCUGCGCUCCAGACGCACUGACGAGUUCUAGAAAAGCGCAGCUUUGAGGAAGUUUGACUUCGACAGCCUGCACAGCGGAGGCGCCUCAUCAUCCACAGCGAGGCACCUUCUUUGGGGGCAGCAGUCGCUGCCAGCUUGUCAGUUCAGUGGGCACCGGCACACGUCUCACAUGCCGAUCUUGUCAUUUAAAGCUGUUACAGCACAGUCUGCCUUUUAAACUGUGAGCUUCCUCCUCUCCUUCAGAAUUUUAACUUUCGUUUGGCUUUGCCUAAAUCGUCAACUGAAGUUUGAAAUACAAGGGUUUGGAGAAAAGAAAAAAAAGAAAUCUCAGCUUGCUGGGUAUGAAAUUAAAAGACCCGCCAUCAAGAAGAACUCCUCUGAAGACAUAAGAAGAAUGUUCACCACAGCGAUGGAUGAUCACCCCACCUACGGCACGACCCCUGAAAUGGAGUACUACGAUUAUGAAGACACUUCGGAAACUCCAGCCGCCUCUUUGGCGCUCUACUCUGUCACCUUCUUCCUAGGCACAGUUGGCAACGGCUUAGUCAUCUGGGUCAUCGGCUUCAGGAUGAGGAAGACGGCCAACACAGUUUGGUUUCUAAAUCUGGCCAUCGCCGACUUUGCCUUCUGCUGUACCCUGCCCUUCAGCAUCGUCUACACGGCCUUGGGGUACUCCUGGCCUUUUGGAAACGUGAUGUGCAAGAUGACUUCGGGAAUCUCGGUCAGCACGAUGUAUGGCAGCAUCUAUAUGCUUGCGGCCAUCAGCUUUGAUCGUUGUCUUAACGUCAUCGCCGCCGUCUGGGCCCGUAACCACUGGACUGUUUGGAAGGCUACCAUCACUUGCCUCAUCAUAUGGGUCUUGUCUGUGGUGCUGAGUAUUCCUUACUUUUAUUUCCGAGGUACAGAACAAUCCGAGAAUAUGACAAUUUGUUCUUACAACAUAACUUCCCAUCAGCACCGUGCUCUGACGGUUAGCAGAUUCAUGUUAGGCUUUCUCAUUCCCAUAAUCUUCAUCAUCUCCUGCUACAGCAUCAUUGCCUUUCGAUUCUGCACCUUUAAGCACAAGAGCUCCUAUAGACCAUUCCGGGUCAUUGUCGCUGUCAUCCUCGUGUUUAUCGUUUGCUGGACUCCUUUCCAUAUUUUCCAAAUGCUAGAGUUAAAACUCCAUCAGCACUCCAAUGAAUAUGACUUUGCUGAAAUUAAAUGGAUACAACGGGGAAUUUCAAUUUCCACCAACAUCGCCUUCUUCAACAGCUGUUUGAACCCCAUCCUCUAUGUCUGCAUGUGUAAGGACUUCCAGAAGAAGGCCAGGGAAUCCAUCCUUAAGAUCCUGGAGAGUGCGUUCAGGGACGAGCUGUCCCAGUCCUGGAUGAGCAGCCGGCGGUCCACCACACAGAGUGAAUGUGCGGGGCUGGAGCAGCGGAAGAACAGCACGGCCGUGACCGACCUCUUCCUCGUCAGCACCGUCUGAGACAGGAGGGUACAACACUCAAAGGGGGCCGCCAUCAUUGAACAUUACCAAUACGAUCACAUGAAAAGGCAGAUGGGCUCCUGUAGAGACAGCGAGGGUCUGCUGCAGGAUAACAACGGGCUUGACUUUCAGCAGGGAGCGCCAUAUCCUUGUGGGAAUGUCCCUGUAGUGUGGGUACUUAGUACUGAUGUGCUGCAUUGCACACUCAGGGUCACACGAUAUGCAAAUAGUAUCCUUGUGAUUUGUAUAUAGCGCCUUUCCUUAGGGCCACCACCACUUGAAAUUGCCUUACAGUCCGGCAGAAUGAUUUCCAAACCAUCCAUAUCCUUCACUCAUUGAGGGGCUGGCACCCCACUCCACGACGGCUGUUGACCCUGAAACUUUUGUGCUUUACAAUUCUCUUUAAUACUAUAUAGUGCCUUUCCAUAAGGACCACCCUUUACAGUUUGGUAGAAAGAUUUCAAUCCUUCAUCCACUGAGGGUGACAAUUGAUUCUGAAGCUUUCUGCCUUACAGUCCUAGUUUUUGUUAUAUAGUGCCUUUCCAUAGUGGCCUCCAUAAUUUGACAUCGUGGGUCCCGGCAGUAACUGGAGUUGAACCCGAGGUCCUUUUCCUUUAUAUUUUAUGGCGCUUUUUCAAACUGAAUGGCAUGCCAAGUGACUUUACUGGUCUUUACAAACUUUACAGACUUGCUGCUUUAUAUAGCGCCUUUCCAUAUUGAACAUCAGCCCAAGCUGCUUCAGUGGUCUUUGACAAAAGCCAAAGUCUGUAAGGGCAGGUGAAGUGACACGUGAACUGAACCUGCAACUUCGUCCUUUCCAGUCCUAUUUUAUUUUAUAUAGCGCCUUGCUAAGGAUUUGACCCCCCGACCCGGGGAACUCCCUGUGCUGUUCAGCUCCGCCAUGUUGCCAUGAGCCACACACUUAACUCGUUUCUUUAAGCCCUACGGUGUGUUUAUUUUUGCAUUUUAUUUUACAUUUUUUUGCCCUUAUACUUUUAAUGCUGCAUUUACAAAAGAUUACAUAAAUAAACGUUAAAAAUGAUGUAAAGACGCUGCAGAUAACUUGUGUCACAAGUCG